GACAUCUGAGAGCCCUGGGUUAUCCUACCCCAUCCAGCCUCUAUCAUUGCUGCUUUGUUCCAUAUUUAGCUCCUGACAACUGUGCCUAGUGCAGGAACUCCCAGCUCUGUUUUUCCCUCCUCCCUCUGCUGUCUCCUCUCCCUUAGAGCUCUCAGAAAUUGCUCUUUUUUUUCCCUAGUGGCCAUAACUUAAUACCCCUAUACUCAAGAAGAUGGCAGAAAUGCAGGAGGAGCCCAGCAACACCCAGAAUGGUGAACCUGACAACGCAGAAGAGGGUGAGGAAAAAAAGAAGAAGAAGUUGAAGCGGGAAGACCUGCCACCGUUUGAAAUUGUGACAGGGGAGCGCCUCCCAGCCAUAUUUUUCAAAUUCCAGUUCAGGAACGUGGAAUACAGCUCAGGCAGGAACAAAACCUUCCUGUGUUACGUUGUUGAGACCCAAGGCAAAGAGUCAGUGACUUCUCGGGGUUACCUGGAAGACGAGCAUGCAGCCGCCCAUGCAGAAAUGGCUUUCUUCAACACAAUUUUACCACAGUGUGAUUCAAGCCUCCGCUACAACAUCACCUGGUACGUCUCCUCCAGUCCCUGUGUGACCUGUGCUGAUCGGAUAACCGAGACCCUGAAGAAGAACAAGAACCUGCGUCUGACAAUCAUGGUUGGGCGCCUCUUCAUGUGGGAAGAACCAGAAAUGCAGGCUGCCCUGAAAAAAAUGAAGUCAGCUGGCUGCAAGCUGAGGAUUAUGAAGCCUCAAGACUUUGAGUAUGUCUGGCAGAACUUUGUGGAACAGGAGGAAGGAGAGGAAGCAAAGGCUUUCGUGCCAUGGGAGGACAUUCAAGAGAACUUCCAGUAUUAUGAGGAAAAGUUGGCUGAGAUUUUGCACUGAAACUCACGACCAAUUCAGAAAAGAUCUAUGAAGAGAGAUGCGACAGACUUGGACAUCUGCGACACUCCUGCUUUCCAAAGCUUUGAUUCCAACAGGAUGGAGUACCAACUUCUGGAAGACUAGGCCCUGAUGGACUACAAAUA